AUGGCGCAUAAUAUAAAAAAAUAUGUAUGUUUAGUUUUAAAUAAUUUCAAAAGUUUUAGUACAUCUAGUUAUAGAAGUUAUGGAAGCAUUAAAUAUUGUAAUAAUAAUUUGUAUACAUCAUCAUUUAAUUCAUUAAAUUUUAAUUUUAAAAGAUUUUUUAAUAAUAAUAAAAAUGAUGUUGCUUUAGAUUGGGAAAAUUCAGAUGACAUAGCAGAUUUACUUUUUGAGGAAUAUAAAAAUGUAGAUCCAUUAACAUUGAGAUUUGAAGAAUUGGAAAAUAUGAUAGUAGACACAGUUGUAAAUAAAAACAAAAAAAAGUUAAAUGGAAGCUGUAACGAAAGUGUUUUAGAAAAUAUUCAAAUGAACUGGCUAGAAAAAUACAAUGAAGAGAAUGAUUAG